AUGUUGAAAAUUCGUUGGAUUUUCGCUAUAUUCUUCUUCACGACUACGCUUCGAACGCGGUUUUACGUCAACUGUAGAGCCGGCAAAAUAACUUUGGGUAUUUUAUUGCCUUUUGAAACGGCUGGUGAUUUCUUAUCGGAUAAUCGGCAAUGGACAAAGCGUUAUGCAGGAAUGAUACCAUACGCUAUAAAUACCAUAAAUAACGACCCCAAUCUGCUACCAAAUCACACUCUUAGUUUCGUAUGGAAAGAUACGGAAUGCAGGACAGAUAAAGCUUUGAGAGGGAUGGCUCAACAAUGGUCGGAAAAUGUUGAUGCUUUUAUAGGAUUGGGUUGUUUUUGUGAAGAAUCUGUACGGCUUGCCAGCGCCUUGAGAUUGCCUGUUGUAUCAAAUGUAAGUUGCAUAUACAAGAGCCUUGGUAUAGGGCACAAAUUCAUUUAUUCUCGAUAGCUCUAACAGUUCCACUGUGGGCACGUGCCCCCCCCCCCAACUUUUCAAAAGUGCCUUUUUCCGGGAGCAAAGUGCCCUUUACCUUCGUGAAAAAUGUUGUUUAGAUUGCAUUUUUUGCCCAAUGACUUUUGAUUUAUGAUUGGAUUUGUUUUUGUAUUUUGGUAUUUCCUGAAAAAUUCUGUUAUUUUCGGGUAAAAUUUUGAUAUGUCCGGGAAAAAUUUGUGAUUUUCGGGCAAAAAUAUGAUAUCUCCGGAAAACUCUUUAGUACGCCCGGAAAAUUUUUGUUAUUCUCUGGAAAAAAAUGUGAUACUGAUGUCCAGAAAAAUUUUUGGUAUGUCCGGAAAGAGAUACAGUUUAGAGAUACAGUUUACUAGCAAACUCAUAUUGGAUCAGUGUAGCUCAGUGUUGCUACCUAAAUUGAACUGACUUUAUUUAUAGAGAACUGUUCUUCCUAAAGGUCCAGUAAGGGUCAUCUUCUGUUGCUCCAAUUUUGCUAUAGGAGGAAGCUGACCAAAGUAUCCGAAGAAAACUGUGUUUGAUACAAACUCAACUUUGUAAUUGCGCAGGGUACGAGAUUCACGAGUCGAACUGGAAAUGGCAAGAAAUUAUAGUCUGACAAUCGCAACCGCUAUGUCACCAAGAUCUAUUAGAAAUGGUAAAAAGUAAUGGAAUAUAAUAUUUUCUUUCUUUUCCCAGCUAUGUACUUCCGCCGAAGUUUCAAACAAGUCUGUGUACCAGACCUUCGCCCGGACAAAGCUCGACCCAGGCAACAUGGCGCAGGAAGUUCUGGGGAUUUUCAAACAUUUCAAGUGGAAAAGAAUAGCCAUAAUGUGGGAAAAUAUCCCCGUGUGGACGAAAAGGAAAGAUACCCUUAUGGAAACAUUAAAAAAGAACAAUAUCAGCGUUUCCAGUACACGGCCACUCAUCAGUAUUAAGAAAUACACGCCGAAAAUUCAUAAGGAAGUGUUCAGAAAUGAACUGGGAGUUCUCAAAGGAAAAGCUAGAAGUUAGUGUUUCCUUUAUGCUUUGUGGGUAUUUCAAGGGUUUUACAUAAAUUUCAGAAAAAUGUAAUGUAUCUUUAUAGUAAAAAAAUUCAUCUUGAUCAAUUUUUUCACUGUCAGAGUUUCCAGAUAGUGUCAUUAGGUGAAUUUUAGGUUCAAAAAGCAAAGGAAAACUAAUUUGCAAUUCACCUAAUGACAUCAUAUAUGGUAACUUUGACAGUGAAAAAGUUGAUCAAGAUGGGAUUUUUCCAACAACUCUUGUUCUCGUUUGACCUGGGCAUGAGAGUUGAGAAAACUCUCAUGCAAACUCUCUUUUCUCAACUCUCAUGCAAUUCUUGUUCUCGUUUGACCUGGGCAUGAAAGUUGGGAAAACUCUCAUGCAAACUCUCACUUCUCAACUCUCAUGCAACUCUUGUUCUCGUUUGACCUGGGAUGUGAGAACUCUCAUGCAAACUCUCGCUUCUCAACUCUCAUCAACUCUCAUGCAACUUUUGUUCUCGUUUGACCGGGGUUUUAGAGAUUUAUACAAAAAUACACACAAAACGUUUAUUCAUUCUUUUAUUAUCUAGUUUUAAUAUUUAUGAUGGACCACGAGCUUGCACGAGAGGCGAUGUUCCUCGCAGACGACCUUGGAAUGAACCACGGAAAUUUCGUCUUCAUUCUCUUCAGAUUUGACAUCGAGCAGAUACUUUUAUCCCUACAAUUUCCUAUUUUGAGCCCAUUUGUUGGCCGUUUUAGCGAAACUAGAGUAUUGACCGAGGGAGCAAGUAAAUCGUUUCAGAAUGCCUUGACAAUAUCGUUGGUUAUCAAUAAGGAUAAUCUGAUAUCAGAUCCUAACGUUUUGAAAGUCGUUUCAAAUUUGACACAGUCACCACCGUUCAACAGGAGUAAAGCCGAUAGCACGUAUCAUAAGGUAAGAAAAAGACGCUCGGGAAAGCGGGGGAGGGGGGGAGGAGGAGAAGGGAGGUAGGGAAAUAGGAGAAUGGCGAAAAGGGAGAGUAUACUGAACUAAAUGUUAAACUAGUCAGAUAGCUCUAUAAUUAGUUCGAUCGAGCCACUCUGGGUUUUGGUGAGACCAGUGGCACAAAGUGAUUAAUAGCACAAAGUGAAAAUAGGAAAACUCGACCAUUCAUUUCUGUUUCAUUAUUUUUAGCUUUUCUACCCCGAAGACGCUGGGUAUCUUUAUGAUGCCAUUUAUCAAUACGCCGUCGCUAUCAAUAAAACUUUAUCUCAUAAUGGAGACAUCAGAAAUGGCACGCAAGUGAUACAGAAUUUGAUCGGAACAGAAUACAAGAGUGCGUGAUAGGAAUUACUAAAGAACCAUUAUACCAUCAUACAAACAUAGCUGGGUGGUUAACAUCAUCACCACCAUCAUCAUCAUCACCAACACAUCAUCAUAAUCACCAGUACCAUCACAUCAUCAUCACCAUUACUGUCAUUACAUCAUCACCAUCAUCACCAUCACCACAAUCACCAUCAUCAUCAUCACCACAAUCACCAUCAUCACCAUCAUCAUCACCAUCAUCAUCACCAUCAUCAUCACCAUCAUCAUCACCAUCAUCAUCAUCAUCACCAUCAUCAUCAUCACCAUCAUCACCAUUAUCAUCACCAUCAUCAUUAUCAUCACCAUCAUCAUCAACACCACCAUUAUCAUCAUCACCAUCAUCAUCACCAUAAUCAUCAUCAUCAUCAUCAUCAUCAUCAUCAUCAUCAUCAUCAUCAUCAUCAUCAUCACCAUCACCAUCACCAUCACCAUCACCAUCAUCAUCAUCAUCACCAUCAUCAUCAUCAUCAUCAUCAUCAUCAUCAUCAUCAUCAUCACCAUCAUCAUCAUCACCAUUAUCAUCACCAUUAUCAUCACCAUCAUCAUCAGUCAUCACCAUCAUCAUCAACACCACCAUUAUCAUCAUCAUCAUCACCAUCAUCAUAAAUUCAUAACUAUUUCUACUGUAGUCAUCAUUACCGUUCUCCACACUAAAAAUCCCCAGAAAUAUCACUGACCAUCUAUUUUCAGGUUCCUUGGGUGGUCCGGCAUUUUUCGAUGACAACGCAGACGCAUUUAUUGGCGAAUAUAUACUGUACGACUUUCGUGGUAAUAAUACAAGUACGUAUACCGAUAAAGCUAUACAGUAUAAAUAUAAUUAAUUUAGUUAAACUGUACCACAUAUAUUUCUUAGUGGUUUCUCAGUCAUAUAUGCCUACAUUGUCUAUUCCCUUCGCAGAGCCCAGCUAUCAUAAAGUUGGUACAUUCAACGUGAAAAGAGUUCUAAAUAUCACCGAUGAAAUUCUUUGGGUGAAAGGAAUUCCCAGUGAUUCUCCAGAAUGCGGUUUUGAAAAUGACCUUUGUGCAGAGGGCUCGAGUAAGUCUUCGAAAUGAUUCUAAUCCUACGUGAAUUAAGAGUCUGCGUUUUGAAUCAACUUUUUACUUUGUUUUAGAAAACUAUACGUUCCUUAUUCUUGGUGUUGUCAUGGGGAUCUUGGUCAUUGCUGUAAUUGCCUUGGUCGUCUCUUUAUACAGGUAAGCUGGAAAUAGAAUUUGGUCAUUUCAGACUAAACUAACUUUAUUUAUAUUGGAUAACUUUAUCAGUUCUAAACUGCUCUUCUUAGAGGUCCAGUAAAGAUCAUCUCUUAUUUAUCCAGUGUUACUACGGGAAGAAACCUAAACUAAACUAACUUUAUUUAUACUGGAUAGCUAUAUCAGUUCUAAACUGUUCUCCCUAGAGGUCCAGUAAGAAUCAUCUCUUAUUGAUCCAGUGUUACUACAGGAGAAAACCUAAACUAAACUAACUUUAUUGCCAUGCAAACAUACAAAGAACUUAUUAAACUAACUUUAUUUAUACUGGAUAGCUCUAUCAGUUCUAAACUGUUCUCCCUAGAUGUCUAUAAUGAGCACCACCAAUAUUAAUCCAAUGUUACUACAGGAGGAACCUUGAGUACCAAACACUCAUUCAUCAGAGAACUAAAUGCACAUACUGACCGAUGUACCAUCAACACUCCUUUGUCACUGAAUCUCUUGACGAAAUAUGCUUUUUUAUGUUUUAUUAUAGAAAAUACAAAUUGGAAGUGGAGCUUGCCGAUGAUCUGUGGAAAGUUGAUUCGAAGGAAAUCGUUCUAUCAAAUCAAGCAAGGUCAUCAUUUCGUAGUUUAUGUUGGGAUAAGGUACUAGUCGUGUUUUUCUGACCAUUGUACGGUACCGCUUUAGCCAAUGCUUAUAAAUAAGUUUGUUUUCAAUCUACUUAGUCAGCUUGUUGUAUCUUUAUAUUUCAGAGAAGUGUAUUCUCAGAUACCAACAGCAGAGAUGGUGUGAAAUUUUUAUCAAAUGUCGCCGUUUAUAAGGUUAGCCUUCUUAUACAACUAGCAGACGCUUAAAAUUGAAUGAAAUUUUGGAAAUGGAGAGCUACGAGUUUAGAACAUACACAGAUAUUUGUUACACUUUAGAAGAACACUGUCGCAAUUCGAAAACUUCAGAGAAAUUCCAUCGACAUAACGAGAGAAUUACGAGUGGAGAUGAAACAGGUAUUGCUGAGAUUUUCAAGAAAUUCAGUUCGCCCAUUCUCAUCCCAAUACUUUUCCCUUGACAAAUGAACCGUCAAUAGCCUUAGAUAGAGUCAUAUAACAAAGUUGAAUGCAUCAGGGCCCAUUGCCGUUUAAUGAGUUGAAAGAAACAUACUACUAGAUAGUUCGGUAAAAUCAUCUGGCAUCAGACAGAGUAAAUGAGUAAUCAAUCUUUUCUCUAUUUUAGUUGCGAGAUAUACGCCAUGAAAAUUUGGUAAAUUUUGUUGGUGCAUGUGUGGAAUUUGAUAAAGUGUUUAUUUUAACAUCGUACUGUUCCAAAGGAAGUUUACAGGUAGGUACGGUGGAUGUGACGUGGUUAAAGCAAGUGCAUUUCCUCUCUGAGGUUGCGGGUUCAAUUCUGUCACGAUCAUGCGAAAAAGGUCAAUCAACGUUCUGUCAAAACUGGUGGAUCCCGGUGAAGAAAUAAACCUACAAUAAUGUGUUCACUUGCCAAUGAAAGCAAACGCACUUAAUCAGGUCACAUUCAAGAUCACACCUCAUGAUUUUGCCCAAAAAGCAUCACUGGAAAUGUGAUUUCAAUGUGAACUCAAAGGGCACUUCUGCCCCCCUUGCCCCUCCUAGCAAAAGGCAAGAGGGGCAGCUGCCCCCCAGUUCCGGUGUCCCUGUGGAUUGUUUCUGAUUGAGAACCUAAUUUGGUCAUGUAAGGUAUUCUCUAAAAUGUUAUGAACGAUAUUUGUUUUGCUAGGAUAUUUUUGAAAAUGACGAUAUUAAACUGGACAGUAUGUUUAUUGUAUCUCUCGUUAAAGAUUUAGUCAGGGUAUGUAUUGGUCGAAACUUUGUCAUUGACUCAAUUUAUACCAGAAAUAGAUCAUCCAUCGAGGCCAAAAAUCUAACGGGUGAUCUGUCUUAGUGUAAAACACAAGACGAACACAAGCCUAUUAUUGUUUAUUAUUAAAGCGUCGACCGGACCUCUUUUUAACUAGGGCAUGACGUUUCUUCACGCAAGCGAAAUUAAAGUCCAUGGAAAUCUCAAGUCGUCCAAUUGUGUCGUCGAUAGCCGUUGGGUGUUGAAAAUCGCCAAUUUUGGUCUCAACAAUCUCAGAGAACAACAUACUAAGGAGCAGAAAGGGGAUUACAAAUAUUCACUUGGUAAAUACUAGAUCUAAGAAACAGUUGUUUAUUAACUAUAAUCGUCCAUACCGCAAGGGUUUUUUCAGGAUUCUUUGCUGGGUCUGUUUCUACGCAACGAACUGAAUCUCAAUCAGUUUAUAAACACCACCUUUGUAUGGCAGACUUUGUCUAAGCCAAUCAGUGUGAGACUAGUUAAGAAAUGAACCCGUCAAAUUCUAGACCACCAUAAAAGUUACUCGUGACCUCGCACAAAUUUACGUACGCAUUUAUGUACCUAUUUUUAUAUUUCAAUGUUUUAUGAGUGGGCGUCGGCGCAUUGGCGACCAACUGCCACAGGUUUCCAAACAUUACGCUUCCGAAAUCUCUUGAUGGCGAUUCCGCGCCGAUCCGUCUCCAGACCGACGUACCAUUGACGGUAAAAGCCCUUUUAUCGAACCACGCUUCACUGGCGGUACUUAUACUGAGAAAAACAUUGCAACGCUUGUGGGAGACGUCCGAAACACACUCUGGCUACACAUGCGCAGUUAGUGUUUAACCAGUAUUUCUUGGAAAAUAUUUUGAAAACUUUCUUCUCCUCUUUUUACUUUUUGAGACUUAUUAUGGCAAGCCCCGGAACUAUUGCGCGAUCAGAAGCUGGCUGGACAGGGAAACCAAAAAGGCGACGUUUACAGUUUUGCAAUAAUCUUGCAAGAAAUGCAUACGAGGAAUGGACCUUACAACGUGUUUAACUCGUUGGAGGAACCGGAAG